AUGCCUUAUGAAGGACGUGAAUGCGUUUCCAUUCACAUUGGACAAGCCGGUGCUCAGAUCGGUAAUGCUUGCUGGGAGUUGUACUGCUUAGAACACGGCAUUGAUCAAAGUGGAAUCCUUGAAGAAGGCAUCGAUCAGAAGAAGAUCUCUCUUCAAGCUUUCUAUUCCGAAUCAAGCAACGGAAAAUACGUCCCACGGGCCAUCUACAUAGAUUUGGAACCGACUGUUCUUGACGAAAUUCGCACCGGCCCGUUUUCGGCCCUGUUCCAUCCCGAUCAGAUCAUCAGUGGUAAAGAAGAUGCGGCUAACAAUUACGCACGAGGACACUACACUAUCGGAAAAGAGCUGAUAGACGUUGUUUUGGAAAGGAUUAGAAAGCAGACGGAGAACUGCAUGGGUUUGCAAGGUUUUCUUGUGUUUCAUUCUUUUGGCGGUGGCACUGGCAGCGGAUUCAGUUCACUUCUUAUGGAGAGAUUAAGUGUCGAAUAUGGGAAAAAGAGCAAACUCGAAUUCAGUAUCUAUCCUGCUCCUCAAGUGUCAACGGCAGUUGUUGAGCCGUACAACUCGAUCCUCACAACCCAUUGUACCCUAGAGCAUUCUGACUGCUCCUUUAUGGUCGACAAUGAAGCCAUCUAUGACAUCUGUAGGAGGAAUCUAAAUGUCGAGCGACCGUCAUAUGUCAAUCUUAAUCGACUCAUUGCGCAAAUUGUCUCCUCAAUAACUGCUUCAUUGAGAUUUGAUGGAGCACUCAAUGUCGACUUAACGGAGUUCCAGACAAAUCUCGUUCCCUAUCCACGAAUUCACUUUCCACUCGCCACCUAUGCGCCGGUGAUAUCUGCCGAAAAGGCCUAUCACGAGCCCCUUUCUGUGCAGGACAUCACCCACAUGUGUUUCGAACCAUGUAAUCAAAUGGUGAAAUGUGAUCCACGACAUGGAAAAUACAUGGCAGUCUGCCUACUGUAUCGAGGAGACGUGGUGCCCAAAGAUGUGAAUGCGGCUAUCGCAUCGGUCAAAACAAGAAGGGGAAUACAAUUCGUGGAUUGGUGUCCCACUGGUUUCAAGGUCGGGAUUAACUACCAAGCUCCCACAGCCGUGGAAGGUGGAGACUUGGCCAAGGUGCAUAGAGCCGUAUGCAUGCUGUCCAACACGACUUCCAUUGCCGAAGCAUGGGCCAGACUUAAUCGUAAAUUCGAUCUAAUGUACGCAAAACGAGCAUUCGUACACUGGUAUGUCGGUGAAGGGAUGGAAGAAGGUGAAUUCACGGAAGCGAGAGAAGACUUGGCCGCAUUAGAGAAGGAUUAUGAAGAGGUGAGCCGUGACUCCGGUAAUGCGGAAGAAGAUGAAUACUAA